CAAAGUCCCACUCACCUAUUCCCCUAACUACGUUCUCUCUCUCUCUCUCUCUCUCUCUCUCUCUCUUUUUCUCUCUCUCUUCGCGCUUCCCUGUCUCUCCUCUCUCUCUCUGUUCCUGGCUGUCUCUGUGUAUUAGGGUUUCCUGAUCUUGUUCAGCGAUUAUCAGAAUACAGCUUCCACUCUACCGGAUCAAGAUUCCCACCUUUGAUACUGGAUCAUAUACACAUCUAAAGGUUAGUUCGAAGAAUAUUUGGAUCACAUGGUUGGUACUACUGACAUGAUGCCCUAAGUGAGAAAGUAUAUUUCGGUUCAAUGAGCAUCUUUUGGUAUCUUCAGCAGAACUUUUUCUGUCAUUUCACUUGAUUCUGGCCCGAAACUAUUUAGGCUACUAGAGGAUCUUUUGUAUCCAUGCUGUUAGAGAGCAUGCGUGGAAUCUGUGUUUCGGGUAAUGCCCCUGACGAGAUUUGCUGCCGAUGCAUUCGGUGUGUUGACAAUAUGUCUAGUUGCUCUCUUGAUUCUUUUAGGUAUACUGUGCAUCGCUUACUCAUUUUACUUCCGGUCUCGCAUUCGUAGUCAGGGUUUUAUUCAGCUCAGUUACUUUAGUGGUCCUUGGAUAAUUAGGAUUGCUUUCAUUUUGGUUACAAUUUGUUGGGGUCUCGGUGAAAUAAUUCGUUUAACGUGGUUAAGACGUGAGGGAAGAGUGUUGAAUCUUGAUUUGAAAUGGCAGGAAACUGUCUGCAAAUGCUACAUUGUGUCGAACUUGGGAUUUGCAGAGCCUUGCCUCUUCCUCACUCUUGUGUUCCUCCUGCGUGCUCCUUUGCAGAAGAUGGAAUCAGGGAUCCUGAGUCGAACAUGGAAUGGGAAAACAGCAGCAUGUGUUAUUCUAUACUGCCUCCCGCUGUUUGUUCUUCAGCUGUGUCUUAUUUUAAUUGGACCUCAGUUGAUGAAGAAUAAGAGUUUACAUAAAAUGCCUUGGUACUUUACGAGUACAAUGACAACUGAUGACAUUGCUCUCUGCACUUACCCUUUAAUAAGCACUAUCCUCCAUGGGAUUUUUGCAACUGUCCUGACUGUCUACUUGUUUUGGCUGGGAAGGAGGAUUUUGAAAUUGGUCAUCAAUAAGGGCCUGCAGAAGAGAGUUUAUACAUUGAUAAUCUCAGUUUCAGGUUUCUUCCCAUUAAGGGUUCUAUUACUUGGCUUCUCUGUUUUAUCUAAACCAGAGCACUUGCAAUUUGAAGCUCUCUCUUUUUCGGCUUUUCUUUCUCUUCUAUGUUGUACCGGGGUGUGUAUAUGCAUGCUUGUUUACUGCCCAGUUGCUGAUUCUUUAGCCCUGGGGAGUUUACAUGACUUGGAGGCUAGGAGAAUGAUCAACGAUGAUCAAAAUGACUCUAUUUCCCUUAUUGCUAACCAGAGUCAUCUUGAAGAAACAGCUGUUAAUAGCCCUGGGAGGAAUUCUGAUGCAUCGACUAAGCGAGGAUCAAUUUCCUUUCGAACGUUGGAGAAGGUUGGUUCUUCAAGGGGAAACUUUGUGGAACUCAGCCUCUUCUCUCCCAGUAGGGAUGCAUCUCCCCCGGGCUCACCUCCGCUCCUUGGCUGGCCUAUGCGCCCUCCUGCACAAGUUCAUGGAACUUAAGAAAGCAUGCAAGAAACUGAGAGUAAUGCGUGGUGAAUAUCAAUUUUGUGGUAAAGAAAAACUGAUUGUAAAGGGUUUUAGCUUCAAUAAGGAUUCAUAUUCUUGGUUUGUUUUUCUAAUUUUAGAUAAUGAUGAUGGUUUUGCUUGAAA